AUGUGUGUUUUAAAAUCAAAAAGACCAAAAGCAAAAGUGAGCAUUAAACCUGAUCAACAUGUAUUCAGAGAAGAGACAGUCACUCUCAGAUGUGACAUUGAUGGUGAAGCAGUCACUAGCUGGCAGUACAGCUGGUAUAAAGAUGGUUCAGUCAGUGUUUUCAGUGAACUACAGGAACACACAUUCAGUCCUGUUACUGAGUCUGAUGCAGGUAAAUACUCCUGUUAUGGAGAAAAGAGAGGAGGACCACGAACAUCAAACAUCAGUGAUGCAGUUACACUGACAGUAUCAGACUGUCCUUAA